AUGACCUCUCGUGAUACUCGCUUCUCCGUCUUUGUUGGCAACUUGCCACCGAAUACCAUCCAGGCUCAUUUCGAUUAUAUAUUUCCUAAUUGCAAGGUGUCAAGCGUGCGAUUGGUUAGAGACAAAGAAACCGAUGCCUUUAAGGGUUUUGCUUACGUGGAUUUUGAUGAUGAAGCAUCGCUUCAAGCUGCUUUAAUGAUCGACGGAAGCAUAAUCGAAGGACGCCAAUUAAGAGUCAACCACGCCCAUGACAGACGUGGUUCUCGGAGUGGAAGCUCUCGAGGUGCUCCUCCUCGCGGAGUAGGCAAUGGAUACAAUCGGGGAGGCAUGAACCAACCUCGCGGAAAUGAAGAUGGAUGGUUUACCCGUGGUCGACCUAGUAUGGGCGGAGGUGCUCGCUUCUCCAGUGGUGGUCCUCGUGGCAGUGGUCGGGGUGGCUACGGUCAAAGGCAGAGUUAUUAUCCUCCGGGCCUAGCUCGAGAACCAAUCGCGAGCGAUCGACCAGUCACGCAAGAUACGGGUGACUUGAAUAGUAACAGCUCUAAAGAGGAUCGGCCUCGAUUAAAUUUGAAACCAAGAUCUAAACCACUGCAGACGGACGAGGAAAGACAACUUUCGGAGCGUAGCAAAGCUAUUUUCGGCACUGGUCGUCCAAGAGAAGCCAGUCCGUUGGCGGCUAGAAUAAACGACUUGCCUUCUGGAUCUGCAUCUGGAUCAGGGUCUGAAACAACUGGAAACACGUAA